CUCUUGACAACCGGCGCCCUCGUUUUCGUCCCCUUAGCAACCAGCCUGUCAGCCCGCUCCGUGCCUCUCCGGGCCCGUCCGGACCCGCCGCGACGCGGGCAGAAAGUCUCCUAAACACCGAUGCGAACCCUCCAGAAACCUCCAUGGGAUCAAAGUGAGAGCGAGCCGGGGCUGGGAAAGCCGAGGGCGCCGCCGCCAUGAACGACCGGUACCACCGGGCGGCCAGGGACGGCUACCUGGACGUGCUGAAGGAGGCCACACGGAAGGAGCUCAACGGCCCGGAUGAGGACGGGAUGACACCGACCUUAUGGGCCGCGUACCACGGCAACCUGGAGGCGCUCCGGCUCAUAGUGUCGAGAGGGGGCGACCCGGACCGGUGUGACAUCUGGGGCAACACACCGCUCCACCUGGCAGCUGCCAACGGCCACCACAACUGCCUGUCCUUCCUGGUGGCGUUUGGUGCCAACGUGUGGUGUCUGGACAACGACUACCACACACCGCUGGACAUGGCCGCCACCAAGGAACACAUGGACUGCGUUCGCUACCUGGACUCCAUCGCCGCCAAGCAGAUCACCCUCAACCCAAAGCUGGUCAACAAACUCAAGGACCGGGCGUUUCGGGCCGCGGAGCGCCGCAUCAAAGACUGCGCAAAGCUGCAGAGGAAGCACCGUGAACACAUGGAGCGGAAGUUCAUGAAGGAGUCAGCGGCUUUAGACAACUUGGAUGCCAUCAGCUUCUCCAGCUACGCCAGCGGCAGCACCCUGAGCAAGUUCAACACCGUCACCUCCAACAUGCCAUACUCGCAGGCCACCCUGCAUUCUACAGCCAAGGGCAAGGCCAAGAUACAGAAGAAGCUGGAGAAGAAGAAGCAGGUUGAUGGAUCGUUCAAGAUCUACGAGGACGGGAGGAAAAGUGUGCGUUCGCUGUCCGGCCUGCAGCUCGGCAACGACGUCAUGUUCCUCAAACAGGGAACGUACGCCAACCCCAAGGAGCGCUCUCGCCUCAACAUCCGCGAAAUGUUCCACCCCGACAACGACGACGACGACCACACAGUCGCCCGCGCCAUGAGCGACCCGGGUCUCCACGACGCUGCGUAUUCGGAGGUCAGUGCCGACUCCGGACGCGAUUCCCUGUUCAACCGCCCAGGGCUCGGCACCAUGGUGUUCAGGAGGAACUAUCUGAGCGGAGGCAUGUUUAGUACCGGGGAUCGGGAGGAAGGAAGUGUAGUAGGGAGUGAACCUGCGGGCAGGGCACCCAAUGUUCGUCUACGGGGGCGUCUGCCCCGCCGCUCGCCCAGCUUCGAUGAGGACAGUAUCGGCAGCGCCAUGAGUCUGCAAGAAAGAAACCUUCAGGAGUUGCCCUGGGAGGAGACCGAUGUGGGGUUGGAUGAGGACUUUGAGCCGGAGAGCAGUCCUCUUGAGACCUUCCUGGCCUCUCAAAGCCUUGUUGAGUUCAUGGCGAUCUUCAGGCGGGAGAAGAUCGACCUGGAGGCUCUCCUGCUUUGUUCAGACCAGGACCUUGCCAGCAUUCACAUCCCUUUGGGCCCCAGGAAGAAACUUCUUGAUGCCUGCAAGAAACGUCUGGACACCAUAGAUGAACCAGAGGCCAUGGAAGACACUGAGCUCUGAAGGAUAGACACACUUGAUGCUCGCUAUCCAGACUGAAAUGUGGGAAAGAAGUUAUCGAUGCAUUAUGGACAAGCUUUGCCACAUACUGUACACAUGUUUUUUUAUGGAUUUCUUUCCAAUGAAAUGUAGCCUGACAUGUUAUCUUUGACUGUAAUAAUUCAUGUAUCAGUGAAUGUACUUAAUCCUUCGAAAAUAGUGUUUAUUAUGUCUUCGUUGUACAGUUUUCUUACUUUAAACAUGUUAUUUUACUCAACGGCACAUACACAAUGGUGACUCAUGACUAUUAUUUGAUGGAUGCAUUAGCCACAGCCUGACUGUUGCUAAAACUAAAGGGUACUACUGUGAAGUUAUGCGAGUGUGUGUGUGUGUGUGUGUGUGUGUGUGUGUGUUUGUGUGUGCUAGAUAACACUGUUAUCUCAGGUUGCUCCGUGGAGUGUAUGAUUUCCCUGAAUGUCCGUCUGUCUGUGAGAGUAUAACUGUGCAUGAAUGUUCAUUUUAUGUUUUUAAUCUGUUUUUUUUUUAUCAAUAUAUGUACCCACAACCAUAAUUGUCCUUUAUUAAAACAAAGUGAAAACCAGUAUU